UAGGUGGGUAGGUAGGUGGGUAGGGUUCGGCCUGGCUGCGCACUGGAUGCCGGAGGGAGGAAAGGAGGGGGGGAAAAACACGUCUGUUAUCGUGAUGGGUAUCUUAAUGAAAUGCAACUGGCACACUUCUCUGGAUGCAUGCGUUAUUUUCAAUCCAAGCCCCACUGUGUUCUGUUGUGGCAGUCCAAUGAGGCUCAUAAGGAGCCUGCACUGUUUUGCAGCAUCUCUAGCGUAGACAAAUUGUUGCGCCAAAUGCACCGUUUUCCUCAGCUGCGUGUCGUCGGCCCUUGACUGUCAUCCUUUGGCGCAGGUUUCUCAUCGCCUCAAUCAUCGCUAAUUCUGCAGGGAAGCACCAUGCUGACCAGCAUCACUGAAGGGAUACUGUGCUGCCUGACUGGGAAAGCUGCCAGUCUUGUCUUGCCUUUGGAGUCAUCAGAGCCCUCUGAUGGGUUUGAGUUUGUGGAGGUGAAACCUGGAAGAGUCCUGCGAGUUCGGCAUAUCGUCCCUGAGCGUCAGCCCAUAGAAACAGAAAAGGAAGUUGCAGGAAAGGAAAAGACAGAUGUUGACUGUGAUGACUCUCCUGAGGAUGCCUGUAAUGACAGUGAUACCAGCAGCAGUGUCCACUGUAAGAGGAGGAUCACAGUCUACCGCAACGGCCAGCUAGUGAUUGAGAAUCUUGGGGAUGUUUUGCACUCUGAGAUCUUGCAGUGUCAGGAUGGGGAUUUGGAGCCCUGUAGCACUGUAGAGGUGGAGCUUGCUGACUUUAAAGAAAUAGCUUCUUCCCCAGACCCUAACCCUGUUCCCCCUCCAGUUCCACCACCUCCUGGGGAACAGAAACCUGCUCCGCCUCCUCGCCGCCGCCGUCGCAAACCCAAACGCACAGUGGUCAUCGACUCAAAGAGGGUGAUCUCAAGCUGCAAAGGGACGCACUCGGAUGUAGCGCUGUUCUUUGUGCAUGGGGUGGGAGGCUCUCUGGACAUUUGGAGCAGCCAGCUGGACUUCUUCUCUCGCCUGGGCUAUGAGGUCAUUGCGCCAGACCUGGCGGGACAUGGAGCCAGCACUGCCCCACAGAUUGCAGCAGCUUAUACCUUUUAUGCCCUGGCAGAGGACUUGCGUGCCAUCUUUAAGAGAUACGCUCGUAAACGCAACAUUCUCAUUGGCCAUUCUUACGGAGUGUCGUUCUGCACCUUCCUGGCCCAUGAAUAUCCUGAUCUGGUUCAUAAGGUGGUGAUGAUCAAUGGAGGGGGUCCCACAGCUCUGGAGCCCAGCCUCUGCUCCAUCUUCCAGCUGCCAUCUUGCGUCCUUCACUGCCUAUCUCCCUGUCUGGCCUGGAGCUUCCUCAAAGCUGGAUUUGCCCGUCAGGGUGCCAAAGAAAAGCAGCUGUUGAAGCAGGGCAAUGCCUUCAAUGUUUCUCCAUUUGUCCUGCGAGCCAUGAUGAGUGGUCAGUACUGGCCUGAAGGGGAUGAGGUCUACCAUGCCGAGCUCACUGUGCCAAUCCUCCUGGUUCAUGGCAUGUGUGACAAGUUUGUGCCCAUGGAUGAGGACCAGCGCAUGGCAGAGAUCCUUCUAUUUGCGUUCCUGAAAGUCAUCGAGGAGGGAAGUCACAUGGUCAUGAUGGAGUGUCCUGACACCGUCAACACCCUCCUCCACGAGUUCUUUCUAUGGGAGCCUGACAUGUCCAGAAAAGACAGCAGCAAGACAGACGCAGAGAAGACAGUUGCUGUCAGUGACACUCUUCACACACUGAAAAUCAAUAAGGUUAUGGACAAAUAACCAACAAGGGGUCUAGUUUUAUCACAGAACCAAGCAGAGGGCCUUUUUUGGCAGUUGUGUGUUCUGAAGGCUCCUAGGCUGAGAGCUGUUAUUAACAGGGCCACAUCUUAAGGAUGUGGACGACUACUGGUGCUCCAAGAUAAAGCAGGAAAGAACAUUUGAUGAGAAGAAUGGAUGCAAAUACGCAGUUUCUGCUUUGCUUUUUGAUACCAGUUUGUGCUCCGUUGCAUCAUUUUGCAAAACGACACAAUACCUGGAGGUCAAAGGGACUCUUCAUUCAUGAUUAGUGUAUGAAGAGUUUGUGGUGAAGAACUAACUAUUACAAGAAGGAAUAAAAUCCAGGAAACAGUGUCAAAAUAUCCUCGCUUUUAUCUUGAAUAUUCUGUAAAGUACUGCAGAAUUUCUGUCCUACCUUUAUGAAAUGGUGAACUUAUGGUUGGGUUCAGUUUAGAUUUGCUGCCAAUGGGGAAUGGACAGAAAUAAGAUAUAGUAAACUGAAGAAUCAGAGAUCUGAUUUGCCAGUGAUAGAAGUGAAGGACAGCUUAUCACAAAAUAAAAGCGUUGGUAACAGUGAUUGUCAAAUACUGACCAGAUGGUGGUGGGAAAUGGGUUCAAGACCUUAAAUAUAUGCCAAUGUACAUGCAAAAUGUAAUUAAUAAUUGCGUCACAUGUAUACAUAAAUUAUAUUAUGACAGACAGAAAAAUCAUAGUUCACUUGCAAUCCAGCCACCUAUUAACCACAUCCAUACAAUGUGCAGUGUACACUAUGUCAAACACCAACACUCACAGUCAUAGCUAUCUACUAAAAUUGGCUGACAGAUUUCCAAAUCACAGCGAUCUAUUUUCCAUAUACUGAACUCUAAUGUAAAGUCUAAAUUUAAAAAGCUAUGUGUCAGUGUUAAGCACAAUGUAACCAAUUCAUCCUUUCAUAGUUGCAUGAAAAUGAAGUAACAUUCAGUAAGAGAUUUAUAAGAACUGGUUGCAAAAACAGAUGUAAACAAACACAGAUGCCAAAAAGUUCUGUCCCUUGAUUUUAGCAGCCAUUUAUUCAAUGCUAUAUAUUAUCCUAAGGAUACAAAGUACUGAGGCCCUGCAUGAGUUCACAAUAUGAAAAGAUAUGAGGGUUGUUUCAGACAGUUUCAAUAUGUUGUCAUAUAUAGAAAAAUUCCCGUGCGCUCCUGUUUAACCAAAUGGGUGUUCCUCUUAAUCUGUAAGUAUUAUUUUAUUUAUUUUGAUUCUGAAAUAACAGCAACCUCCAUGACAAAUUGUGGUUGUAUUGACCGCUUUAAGCUGUUGUGUCUCAAGCUGAUAAAUGCAAAAUGAGUGUGUUCUCUACUACUCUGGUUCACUAUAUUUAUCUAUUUGUGUUAGACUGAAAGACUGAGCAGAUCAUUUUGCUCAGUGAAAGACAUUCACUUGUGGAUGCUGCUUUGUCUCAUAGUGGGACAGUAAGGUGCAAUAAAAGCACAGUCUAAUACGCUCCCUGACAGUGCUCAUCUGUUGACUGGAUAGUUCACUGUUUUGAGUAUCGAAGAAGGUAUAAAUCGGUGGAUUUGAAACUGGGUGUCCAGUGCUAAAAAAUCAUAUGAGUCAGCCAAAGGAGAAAGUCCUCUUAAAAUGUAGGACAUCUGUGCUCACCGUGCUGGUCUGUUAUAUAUACAUUUUCAGAGAAUGCUGAUGCAACACGACUGGUUUUAUGCAACUGGAACAAAAUAGAAACAGAGUGGAGAUGUAACAGACUUGGUAUUGACGACUCUAAAACAUUAUAUAUUCUCUGUGGAAUUUCCAAAAACCAACAAGUGCUGCUGAUUUGAUGUACUGUACAUCUUCUUUGGUGUAAAAGGUCAGUAAAACUGUAUGGACUACAGGGUGCACAUGUACUUCCUCUUAUGCUAAAAGUGUGCAUAUACAAAUUGUCAGUGCUCAUAUGUGCUAUAUCUUUUUGUGGUUAACAAAGAUGUGUUAAUGUUAUUGUUGCAUUUAUUCAUGGGAAUCAUAAUAUAUGCACUGCCUGAAUGUAGAUGCAUAUAACAUUAUAUAGCCUAUCAAAACAGUUGGAUUCAGUGUAUGACUGUGCCUUUCCUGGCAUGAAAUAAAACAGAUGUUCACAGUUGAAA